AUGCCCCUCCGUGAAGUGGCCGAGGCCGCCGAGUCCCCGGUCCUGCAGCCAUGCGCGAGUGCUCCGGAGGUGCUCGCAGAAGUAGUUGUCUGCGUUCCAAAUGGCAAAGCCGAGCGCGAAGAUGCCCAUGCCGAACCCGAGCGUCUUACGCGUUAUGCUGGCCGAAAACCCGGCGCUAGAACACUUUUACGCACCCUCGGUCCGGCACCGGCGCCAAAGAGGUCGGCACCGGCCAGUGGUCGGGAUGUCGAGGGCCGGCAGCUGGCGGGUGCGCUUGACGUUGGAAAAGCCGAGCGAGCGGGCGGCGGCCUUGGGGUCGGCCUCCUCGGCGAGCACCCGCGCGGUGGUGUAGAGUGUCCGGAUCGUGCGGUUGAACAUGGUGGUCGGGGACGAUGCCGGGACGAGCAGGGACGACAAGGAGAGAGAGAUCGCGAUCACCCUCCUGCAUCAACGCCGCAUCGAGCAUACCCAAAAGCUUGUCGCUCAUUGACAAGCAUCGUUAUCGGUACCAUGUCGACGGAGGACUAUGAUGAGUUCGGUAACUACAUUGGUGGCGACCUAGACAGCGACGAUGACUCGGACGUCGACAUCGCCCCCGCCACCUCGGCUCCCGCAGCGCCGGGUCCUGCGGCGGCUGGGAGCUACGCACCGCUCGAGGGCUUCGAUGAUGACGAGGACGACGAUGCCGAGGCGAUGGACCAGGACGAGCCGUCCGGAAUGGAGAUGACGCUGCACGGCGUCGACGGCACGGCAGGCAAUCAAGUUGUUCUGCACGAGGAUAAGAAGUACUACAGCACGGCGGAGGAGACGUACGGACCCGACGUUGAGACGAUGGUGCAGGAGGAGGACACGCAGCUGCUGUCCGAGCCCAUCGUUGCGCCGAUCAAGGUUCGCCAGUUCACCGUCCAGGAGAAGGACAUGCCCGUGACGCGGUACGACAAGAAUUUCCUCGUCGACAUGCUCCAGUACCCCGACCAGAUGCGCAAUGUCAUGAUCGCCGGACACAUCCACCACGGCAAGACGAGCCUGCUCGAUGCCGCUGUGUACCAGACGCACCAGCUGACCUGGGACCCGGAACGACCAGCGCGCUACGCCGACACGCACCAGCUUGAGCGCGAGCGCGGCAUCUCCCUGAAGGCCGGACCGAUGAGCCUCAUCCUCCCAGACAGCCGGGGGAAGAGCCACCUCAUCAACUUUGUCGACACGCCGGGACACCUUGACUUUGCGGACGAGGUUGCGUGCGCCGCGCGUCUCACCGACGGUGUCGUGCUUGUUGUGGACGUCGUCGAGGGCGUUAUGGCCGGUACGGAGCGGAUAAUCCGGAAUGCGAUGGCAGAGGGUCUCCCGAUUGUUCUUGUUGUCAACAAGAUGGACCGUCUUAUCCUUGAGCUUCGUUUGCCGCCAUCAGAGGCGUUCUUCAAGAUCAAGCACACGAUUGAGGAGGUGAACAGCGUGAUCGCGUCCGUCGACCCGAGCGAGAAGUACCGGUUGUCGCCUGAGCGAGGGAACGUCGCAUUCGCAUCGACGCAGAUGGGCUGGUGCUUCACGCUGGAGACGAUGAGCCGGAUGUACGCCGACACGUACGGCUCAUUCGAGAUCGACGAGUUUGCGCAGCGCCUGUGGGGCGACAUCUACUUUGAUGCCGAGCGACGAAAGUUCACGCGCAAGCCGGCCGACGUCGAGAGCAAGCGCUCGUUCGUGCACUUCAUCCUUGAGCCGCUGUACAAGCUCUACACGCAGGUGCUGAGCGCGGACUCGGCUGAGCUGAAGGAGACGCUGGCCGAGCUGAGGAUUACGCUCAAGCCGGCGGCGUACAAGAUGGACGUCCGGCCGCUGCUCAAGGUCGUCCUCGAUGCUUUCUUCGGCACCCCGACGGCGCUCGUCGACAUGAUCGAGCAGCACCUUCCGAGUGCGGCCGAGAAUGCGCGCAGCAAGGUCGAGCGCACGUACACCGGCCCGAUGAACUCUCCGAUCGCCGAGUCCAUGAUGAACUGCGACCCGAAGGGCCCGACAGUCGUCCAGAUCACGAAGCUGUUCCACACGAGCGAUGCGCAGGGCUUCCGUGCGUUCGGCCGCGUCAUGAGCGGAACGGUUAGCAAGGGCCAACCUGUGUACGUGCUCGGUGAGGGGUACAGCCUCGAGGACGAGGAGGACAUGGUUCCGGCGAUUGUGGAGGGUGUCGCGCUUGACGAGUCCCGGUAUGACAUCGACCUUCCGAAGGCGUACCCGGGCAACCUCGUGCUGCUCAGCGGCGUCGACGCUUCCAUCAACAAGACGGCGACGAUCUACGAGCGUGGACUGGACGAGGACAUGUACAUCUUCCGACCGAUCAAGCACACCACGCAGGCUGUGCUCAAGGUCGCUGUCGAGCCCGUCACACCGGCAGAGCUGCCGAAGAUGCUCGACGGUCUCCGCAAGGUCAACAAGUCGUACCCGCUGCUCACGACCAAGGUGGAGGAGUCCGGCGAGCACGUCAUUCUCGGAACCGGUGAGAUCUAUCUCGACAGCGUGCUGCAUGACCUGCGACGACUGUACAGCGAGAUCGAGAUCAAGGUGUCCGACCCGGUGACCAAGUUCUGCGAGACGGUCGUCGAGACGAGUGCCAUCAAGUGCUACGCCGAGACGCCGAACAAGCGGAACAAGCUUACGAUGAUCGCCGAACCGCUCGAGACUGGAAUUGCGCAGGACAUUGAGGGCGGAAAGGUCACGAUGAAGAUGAGCAACAAGGAGCGGGGCAAGUUCUUUGAGCAGAACUACGGAUGGGAUCUGCUCGCGUCGCGCAACAUCUGGGCGUUUGGACCGGACGACAACGGCCCCAACGUGCUCGUGAACGACACGCUGCCGAGCGAGACGGACACGAAGGCGCUCCAGUCCGUGCGCGACAGCAUCAAGCAGGGAUUCCAGUGGGCUACCCGCGAGGGACCUCUUGCCGACGAGCCGGUGCGCAACGUCAAGUUCCGCCUUCUCGACGCGACUGUAGCGAGCGAGCCGAUCUACCGCGGUGGCGGUCAGAUUAUUCCGACAGCCCGCCGUGUUGCGUACAGUAGUAUGCUGCUCGCGAGCCCGCGUCUGCUCGAGCCGGUCUACUACGUCGAGGUCCAGGCGCCCGCCGACUGCGUCGCGGCCGUGUACACUGUGCUCUCACGUCGUCGUGGUCACGUCACGAAGGACAUUCCCAAGCCCGGUUCGCCCCUGUACACCGUCAAGGCGUAUGUGCCCGUGCUUGACGCCAACGGAUUCGAGACCGACCUCCGCACCGCGACCAUGGGCCAGGCGUUCCCCCAGAUGACGUUCGACCACUGGCAGGUCGUUCCCGGUGACCCGACCGACACAUCCAUCCAGCUCCGUCCCCUCGAGCCCGCCCAGGGCCAGGCUCUCGCGCGUGAUCUCGUCCUCAAGACGAGGAGGAGGAAGGGGCUCUCGGACUCGAUCGCCGUCGCCAAGUACCUCGAGGACGACACGGUCAUUGCCCUCAGCGCGACGCACCCGGAUCUCCUGGCACAUCAGAGCAAGGAGAGUGCAUUGAGGUAUGAGAGGCUACAGAUGGUAUCAGGCGAUGUUAAUCUACAGCUUGCGAGGGUGAGCUCGCAUUAUAGCCAGCGUUCGGGCGAGCGUUCGGGAGCCGAGUCUCCGCUCAGCCAAGGGAGGGUGGCAUUACGCCGACGCCUGUCGGCGGGUGGCCGUGCCGUUGUCAACAGCACUUCCGUGCCCGUAUCCAUGGCCAUUGACGCCGUUCCCGUUCCCGUUUCCGUUGAGGUACUCGGCAUCCUUCUCCAUAUCCCUCCUCGGCUUUGCGCGCUGCACAAUGGGCACGAGCGCGGUGUCGUCGUAGCUCCAUUCCUCCGGGCUCGUCUUGUGGCAGAGACAGAGCUCAAUGCAGGCCGUAAAGAUCUGCUGAGCUCCAUACCCAGUCAGGAGAUGCCACCAACCAUGCCCCUCCGUGAAGUGGCCGAGGCCGCCGAGUCCCCGGUCCUGCAGCCAUGCGCGAGUGCUCCGGAGGUGCUCGCAGAAGUAGUUGUCUGCGUUCCAAAUGGCAAAGCCGAGCGCGAAGAUGCCCAUGCCGAACCCGAGCGUCUUGUAAAGCUUGCGUUUCUUAGACGCAGGCAGCUUCGAGAUCAGGUACGCGCUGCGCAGGCAGGAGGAGAUCAUGAUGAACGCGAAGGCGACCUGGUGGUAGACCGGGUUCGGGAGACAGAUGCUGCUUGUUAG